GAUGAUUUUAUUCACAUGAUGUGGGAGCUUUAAAUAAUAACGUUACAUGUCCAACUGGCAAGCUGUACUGAAAUGUCAUCUCUGCCUAAGGAUUGUCUAGAAAACGUGGCAAUUAAGGAGUUUCAGAAAAAGUACAAGCUUGAUUUUGAUGAGAUAUUUGAUCUUGCUCAGACAUUUUUCAAUGAGAAAGCUGAGAAGGCGUUCCACUUAAGUUUUGACGACCGGAUUCAUCUUUCGGCCCUCAUAUGUAUCAAGAAGUACGGAAAGUACGAUCGAACAAAAACACCAGUACCUGGGCUUCUUGAUUUUAUAGGGCAGAGGAGAAAUGCUCGUUGGGAAACCUUAAGUGAUAUGAAGCCAAAAGAAGCUGAAGUAGAGUUCAUAAAUAGGAUUUGUCACCUAUGUCCAUUAUUCAUAUCAUAUUUGGAAGCCUAUUCACGCAGCAAAGGAAGUGUUGCUGAUCAUUUUUCAAAAGAAACCAACAUUUCUAGUCCGAAUGAACCUGCUGGUACCAUCGAUAAUGGUGAUCAAUUUUGUUUCAUUUUAAAAAAUGAAUCUGAAAUUCGAGCGGCUUUAAAUGCUCAAACUGAAAGUCAGUUCCAAUCUUAUGCAUCCCUUCAUUAUCCCACAGAUGCAGUUAAGAGAGCUGAACUUAUUGCACAGUUGCAAGAUCGGCAUUUUCACGAAUAUAUGGCGUACAUACAACGUCAAUAUCGCUUUAUUCAGCGAUCACAGAUUGAAUCUUCCUCUCAGACAACCGCUAUGUCGACAAUGAAUGAUUCAGUUGAAGAUUAUCCAGUCACUAAUGUAAAGUCAAUGGACGGUGUAAAUCGUUCAGAAACAGUCUCUUCCAAUGAGGACUAUAUCAACGAUCAAUCUGUUCUCAACGGCACAGUGCAGUUAGAGCCGUCUUUACAUUCCCCCGAGAUUCAAAAAGAAAACUCAGUACCCGCUGAUGUUUCUGUUAACGACCUGUCUUGUACAGAUACUUCAGAUCUGUCAACUCUUGAUUCAGAUAAGAAAUGCCUUGACACUGAUCCUUACCUAGAUGCAUCUUUGGUGGUACAUGCCCCUACAUUAUGGACUCGUGGGGAAGUUAAAGAAUUUAAACAGUGUUUAACUGAAGAUGAAGAGUCUGUUAUUCGAAUAAACAGCGGUGAAGUUUAUUCAGUUCGUGUUCAAACACACCCAUCGGGCACGAGUAUAGUCUGGGAGUUCGCUACAGAUGACUACGACAUUGGAUUCGGUUUGUUUUUUGAAUGGACGGGACCGCUUUCUGAUCCUGAAGCGAAACAAAACAACCAUAUUGCAUCAGUCAAUGCCGAAGAUAGUCACUCAGUAGUAACCAAGGCAGAGAACCCGGAAAAGUCUAAUAUCUUAGUUGAUGAGAUCAUACCUAUUUCACGACAGAACUCUCAAAACGAAGUGUGUUGUGGAUCUCAUUUGUAUCCAGGUGCCGGGACAUAUGUUUUCAAAUUCGAUAACUCUUUCUCUUUAUGGAGGUCGAAAACCCUCUAUUAUCGCGUUUGCUACACAUACUAGAGUGUUCAUUCUUCAAGGUGAAAAAUCCAUGCAGUUCGUCAAAAAUUUGGCUGUGCACCAUAAUUUCCUAACUUUUUUCUGUACUUCUACUUUCUUUAUAAGUUUAAUAAAAAUGGUUCAAUGUGCCUUUUUAUAAUAACUAGUGUCAACAUUGCGCAGUAAACAUCAUUUGGAAAAUUGAGUUUUUUUACUGGGUUUAAAAAUUUUUAUGAUAUAUUAGUGGUCGGUCUCAUGAA